AGAGUAUAUGCAACAUUUAUCUUAUGCACACAAUAAUGUGUUUGUGGAACAUUUUCUGGAUGUAUUAUUUAUAUGUCUAUGUUCAUGGGUCAGACAUAUUUAUUGGAAUUUUACUAAGGAACAUAUAUCCUUUGUACCCAACCUAAGCAUGGUCUUCAAUGCAUUAUGCAUUUCUGUACAUGUGGAAACUUCUAAUUAUGUUUCCGCUGAAUGAUAGGGAAGCAAUUCAAAAUAUCAUUCUAGUUAUCAAAUUUAAAAUUUUGGAAAGCAAUGCAUUUGUUUUGGUAGCAAAUUUUUUAAUAUAAAAUAAAAAACUUGCAAAGUUACUUCCAUGUAAAACUGAUUUUGUAUUGGAUGUCGACAUUUGUGCAAUAGCAAGAGCACUUGCAUUUGUGCGAGUAUCUGAUUUUGUUAGCCAUAAACCAAAGUUGAACCGGGCUUUAACCGGACAGGACAAAUACUCUAACUGAUUCAGAGUGUAUGAUCCUCCUCUGUUCCCGCUUGUUGCAUUGGCAUAACAUAACCAACCACUAACACUUAACUCCACUAUCUCCCUCUCUUCUUGUAACCAACUCGACUCAGUUAUUUAUAAAACCCUUAACUUACUAAACUCCAAAACCAGUUGAUCCAUCAUCGUUUACUCAUUCUAGAAACAUGUUUUUUUGGCUGGUUACUUUCUUAAUGAUUUCAGAUUCUGUCUCUUCCCUUGAAUACAAACUCCAUUGGGAAGUUCCUCCUGCAAAUGCUUCUACAAGUUUCAAUGAUUGGGCUUCCAGUAAACGGUUUCAAGUUGGAGACAUCAUUCGAUUUAAGUACAAGAAAGAUUCGGUGAUGCAAGUAACGAAGGAGGGUUACAAGCAAUGCAAUUCGUCGCACCCGAGGUUCUACUCGAACACGGGCAAGACCCGAUUCAUGUUUGAUCACUCAGUUCCUUACUAUUUCAUAAGUGGAACGUCGGGUCACUGCGAGAAAGGUCAGAAAAUGAUCGUUGAGGUCAUAUCUAACGACCGGACCACAACAUCUUCUGCUCCUCCGGCUACAAUGGUUGUUUGGUUCUGUUUCUUCAGCAUCACGUUAUAUCUUGUAGCUUAGUGCCAAUGUUAGAUUUAACUAAAACGUAUAUAUUUUGCUGCUUCUAUGAAAAUUUCGUAUUCUUGUUGUUUUAUAUUGCUAGUUGCUUGCUUUUUUGUUUUUUCUUUUCUCAUUUUGUGGUUAGCGCUCCGUUUUCUAACAGACUAACACACCAAGUUGAGUAACACUAAUCAAUUAGUACUAUAUAUUUUGCACAUACAAAUGUCAAGUCCACUAAUCCAGACCAUACACCAAUGUUAAGCUUUGCGACCCAGUCCUAAUUCGAUGGGCUUAUUUCGCCCGCUUUAUGUUGUCGUACUCGUACGAUCGUACCUUUCUAAAUUUAUUCGAAAUAUACAAUAGCUUCCUGGAAUUUACAAGUUUGGUAUUCUUAUUAUUAAAAAAAAUUAUCCGCUUACAGUCAGACUUUAGUUAAAUUUAAUUGCUCUAAAUUUUUUGUCAGUAGUAUAAUUAUAAGAACUAGGUAAAGAACCCGUGCGAUAUCGCACGAAACCAAUUUUAUAAAAAUAAAUAAAUUAUAUUUUCCAUUAAAAAAAACUUUUUAGAAAAAGUUGUUACAACUGAUUUCGAAGAAAUACGUGUAUUACAUAAAUAUAUUGCAUGCAGUUAUACUUCUCUGUUGAUAAUAUAUUUAUUUUGCAUUAGUAAUUUUGUGCUUAACUAAAAAUUUGGGGCUAACCGACCAAAAAAAGAUAGUGUGAAAUUCAGAAGAUACAAGUAUUAAUUAUAUUAUUUUAAAUAUGUAAUAUUAUCAAAUGAAUUAAAUUACUC